AUGAGCUACGGCAGCAGCAACAGCAGCGGAUACGGGGCGACCAACGGGAGCGGAUACGGGGCGACCAACGGGAGCGGAUACGGGACGACCAACGGGAGCGGAUACGGAAGCGGAGGCUAUGGUGGCUAUGGCGGUGGCGGUGGUGCCGACGGUGGCUUUGGCUCGUACGGCUCGUCGACGGGUGGCGGAUACGGCGAUUACGGUUCCACGGCUGGCCACGGUGGCUAUGGCUCUGGAUCGACGGGGGCUGCUGGUGGCGGUGGUGGUGGUCUCUUUGGCGAUACCUCUCAAUACGAGGGCUCGUCGUACGAGUACCACGCGCCGGGCGCAGGCUCGUCGGGCAUGGCCGGGUACGGGGCAGACUCUGCGUCGUCGCUCCCGCAGGUUGCGCCCAAGCAGCUGGCGAUCGCCGGCAUGGGUGAGUACACCGAUCUGGAUCCCCGCGACCUCGAUCCGUUUGCCUCGCUCUACCCCAUGGGCGCCGGUAAGGUUGAGUUUGUCAACCCCGACGAGGCCGAGCGCGGGUGGGGCAAGAAGCUCCUGCACCAGACCGCAUUUGCAUGGGUCGGCGGCUUGGCGCUGGGCACGCCCUGGGGCGCCAUCGAGGGCCUCCGCCAGGCACCGGGAUCGUCGACCAAGCUCCGCAUGAACUCGCUGCUUAACGGCGUCAACCGCCGCGGCCCGCCCAUGGCCAACACUCUCGCCGCCGUCGCCCUCAUGUACAACAUUGUCGAGGCCUCGCUCAACUUUACCACUCCGAUCGACCCGACGUACAACGGCAUCCUCGCCGGCGUCGCCUCGGGCCUCAUCUACAAGUCCACCGCAGGCGCCAAGCGCAUGCUUGUCGGCGGCAUCGGUGGUGGCCUCCUCGCCGCCUCGUUCAUGCUCGCAGACUUUGUCGCUGAAAACGGCAUCAACAUCUCGGCCGUCCCGGACGUGCUCAUGGGCAAGCUCAAGGCCCUCACCAACAAGACGCAGCAAUGA